AUGACGUCUUUGAUAGGAUUAGGGAACUACGUGCAGCUCGAGAAGCUCGGCGAGGGAACGUAUGCCACCGUGUACAAGGGCCGGUCCCGCACGACGUCUGAGAUCGUUGCGCUCAAGGAGAUCCACCUCGACGCCGAGGAGGGAACUCCGUCUACGGCUAUCCGCGAGAUCAGCUUAAUGAAGGAGCUCAAGCACGUCAACAUUGUUCGCCUCCACGACGUCAUCCACACCGAGAGCAAGCUCGUUCUCAUCUUCGAGUACUGUGAGCAGGAUUUGAAACGGUACAUGGACACGCACGGCGAUCGCGGUGCGCUCCCCUUGAACACGGUCAAGAACUUCACCUACCAGCUGCUCAGCGGCAUCUCCUUCUGCCACGCCAACCGUGUGCUCCACCGUGAUUUGAAGCCCCAGAACCUGCUCAUCAACCGCCGUGGCGAGCUCAAGAUUGGUGACUUUGGUCUGGCCCGCGCCUUUGGCGUGCCCGUCAACACGUUCAGUAACGAGGUCGUGACGCUGUGGUACCGUGCCCCCGACGUGCUCCUCGGAUCAAGGACGUACAGCACCAGCAUCGACAUUUGGAGUGUGGGCUGCAUCUUUGCCGAGAUGAUCACCGGAUACCCCCUUUUCCGUGGCCGUGACAACAACGACCAGCUUGUCCAGAUCAUGAAGAUUGUCGGCACGCCAUCUGAUGCCACGCUGCAACAGAUCAAGAUCAACUCUCCUGAAAUCCAGCUAAAGCAGCCUUUGAGCAAGCACCCCAAGCAGCCCCUGCACUCGAUUGUGCCCAAGGCUCCACGAGACGCGAUCAACCUCCUCGAGCACCUCCUCCAGUUUGAGCCCAACCGCCGAUACGACGCCCAGGAAGCGCUCAACCACCCGUACUUCACCUCGGCACCGAUCCAGGCUCCCGCGAUCCCUCCUUCCGUCUCGUCGUCGACGGCGUCCCUUGCACUUCCCCCUCGCGUCGCUGCUCGUGCAUCGCAGGCCUCAGCUGCCGUCCAGGCACAGCAGGUGGCCGCCCAGCAGCAGGCAGCUGCGGCUCAGGCUCAGGCUCAGGCGCACGUACAGGCCCAGCAGGCCCAGGCGCAGGCCCAGCUCGCUGCCCAGCAGCAGCAGCAGUAUAACAUGAUGCUUGCACAGCAGCGUCAGCAGCAGCAGCAGCAGCAGGGCUACUAUGCCGACCCCAAUAUCCAGGCCCAGGCAGCCGCACAGAUGCAGCUCGCGCAGGCGCAGGCUCAAGCCCAGGCCCAGGCUCAGGCUCAAGCCCAAGCGCAGGCGCAGGCGCAUGCUCAGGCUCAGGCGAGUAUGGACCCAAACCAGCAGGGAUACUACAUGAACCCGAACGAUGGAAGGUACUGA